CAUGGCAGGCACCGUGCUGCGCUUGGUUGAGCGGAUACGGUCGACUUCUCACUUAUGCCUCCGCGUGUUAGGUUCGUUGCGAAGGAAACCACACAUACCCACGACGGAGCGUUACGGUUCACUAUAAAGCCACAUGAUGUCUGCUGAGGAUGAUUUCCUGAAGCCGAUCAUCAUGCACGCCAGUUUGACUCUCUUGUCUAUCCUGACUCUCGCGAGCGCAACUUCGGCUGGCAGCAACUGUACAGGAGUUAUCCAAUCCUUGAAUGAUGUCGCAUCGGCCGUUCAGUGCAAAACUGUUAAUAUAUACGGAUUCACUGUUCCUGCUAACCAGGGCUUCGUGCUCAAUCUUUUAGAUGGAACGACAGUAAAUGUUUAUGGGGAUAUCGAAUUCAGCGAUGGCUUCACAAAAGGUCCAUUAUUCACAGUAACGGGAAACGAUAUCACGUUCAAUGGGAAUGACCACAAAUGGAAUGGUUCUGGUCCUUCUUACUGGGACGGCAAAGGAGGUUCAGGCGGUUUAACCAAGCCUAACCCAGUGAUGAGCGUUGGCAUUACAGGGACCUUCUCUGGAGUAUAUCUUCUUAAUUCACCUAUGAUAGCAUUUGAGAUCUGGAAUGGCCCGUUAAUCAUUGACGGCGUUACGGUGGAUAACCGGGAAGGUAACUACGCGAACUCUAGAAGUGGCGGUGUUGCUGCGGGCCGCAACACCGACGGUUUUGACGUUGGCGGAGACGGUAUAACAAUUCAAAAUUGCGUCGUUAUCAAUCAGGAUGAUUGUAUUGCCAUCAGUUGGGGAACGAACAUCACAGUACACAACAACUAUUGCGAGAGUGGCCAUGGAAUAUCUCUCACCUCGUCUAUAUAUGACACAGUAAUAGAAAACAUAGUUAUCUCGAACAAUACGUUGGUUGACAGCGAGCAGGCGUUGCGCAUUAAAACAUCUCAAACUACUCAGGGUAGCCGCGUCUCUAACGUUGUUUACACGCACAACAGUGCUAGUGGCUGUACCGACUUUGGUGUGUUGAUUACGCAGAGCUACCCUGCUGCUCUAGGAACGCCUGGAAACGGAGUCGACAUUUCAAACGUCACCUUCUCAGGUUUGAACAACAUCUCUACGACCAGCAGCGCUUACAUGGUCGCGGUCAAUUGUGGCGUCGACUCCUGCAUUGGGCCAUGGGAUUGGUCAGGUCUUGCCACGGACGGAGGCAAAGUUGGUCCGAACACCAACUGUCCUGACAUUUCUGGUUUUAGCUACUAAAAUAAAACCGUGCUAUACCGAUGCAAAGGAAGUAUGACUACAUGCUGCGCAGGUUGCGCGAGCCACAUACGUGCAUUCAUCAUUGUUUGGUAUAAUAACCGGAAAUCGAAGAGUCUGGCGUCAUGAGGACGUAUGCUCUAUGUUCACU